CAACUAUUUUUCUACUGCAUGCCAAUAAUGUUGAGUGCCAGAAAAAGAAAAGUUUGGAGGGUAGAAGGGGAGGAGCAGCCGCCCCCUGCCCUCCACUCACUCCCACUCUCCCUCCCUCACUCGUCAGUCACCAUUACCUACUGGCCGGCCGGCCCGGUGACCGUCGCCCCCCUCCGCCGCCCCGAAACCAGCGGUUCGUGCAGGGAGAAGAAUCGCGGGAACCGUGGAACCGCUGAGGGGCUGCGGCUUGAUCUGCUCCAGAAUUUUCGGCCUUCGAUCUCCCCGGCAGGUUUGGUUUCAGCUGUUGUUGAAGCAGGUGGUGGAGGGAGCUGCAUUGGCAGUAGGCUGAUGCUUCUGCUGGCAAGGAGAUGAGCCCUCUGCUGUUUGCAGACGCUGACCUUGGUGAUCUCCAUUAAUUCCUCACCAAUCAGCUGGGAGAUGGCGUAUUCUGGGCAGAGGCAUGCCGGUGCCGCCGGGAGCUCGUCGCGGCAGGGGAAUGGCUUGAAGGGGCAGGCCAGCUCAGUCGAGUUCCUGGGAAGGAGGAUGGUGGGGAUGCAGCUCAGAGAUGCAAAGCCAGAUGAUGCUGAUGAUGAAAGGGACAAUGAGCCAGAUGUGGUUGCAGAUUCUGGUUCUGAAGCUGGUCAAAUAAUUGCAACCACAAUCCGUGGUCGAAAUGGUCUGCCUAAACAGGUAAAGUCCGUCAGUUACAUUGCUGAACAUGUGGUUGGAACUGGUUCUUUUGGGGUUGUAUUUCAGGCGAAAUGUCGAGAAACAGGAGAAGUCGUUGCCAUCAAAAAGGUUCUUCAAGAUAAGCGUUACAAAAACAGGGAAUUGCAAAUUAUGCAUAUGCUUGACCAUCCGAACAUUGUUGGUCUUAAGCAUUACUUCUUCUCAACCACUGAAAGGAAUGAGCUUUAUCUUAAUCUUGUCCUUGAGUUCGUUCCAGAGACAGUAAACCGGAUGGCAAGACAGUACAACAGAAUGAAUCAAAGAGUGCCCCUCAUUUAUGUCAAACUAUACACUUAUCAGAUAUGUCGAGCACUUGCUUAUAUACACAACUGUGUUGGCAUCUGCCACCGUGAUAUCAAACCACAGAACGUUCUCGUUAACCCACAUACACACCAGCUUAAAAUAUGUGAUUUUGGCAGUGCAAAGGUCUUGGUCAAGGGAGAGCCAAAUAUCUCCUACAUAUGCUCAAGAUACUACCGAGCACCAGAACUCAUAUUUGGUGCAACUGAAUAUACUACGGCCAUUGAUUUGUGGUCCACAGGCUGUGUCAUGGCAGAGCUGCUUCUUGGACAGGUUUUGUUCACGCAUAUAGUCAUUUCAUUUUACUCUGUAGCUGCUUCUCAUAAUAUUCAUCCAUGCAGCCUCUUUUUCCUGGGGAAAGUGGAGUUGAUCAGCUGGUUGAGAUUAUCAAGUCAUAGUGCCUUGCAGGUCUUGGGUACUCCAACAAGGGAAGAGAUCAAGUGCAUGAAUCCAAACUACACGGAGUUCAAGUUCCCACAAAUUAAGGCUCACCCAUGGCACAAGGUUUUUCAGAAAAAGCUUCCACCUGAAGCAAUGGACCUUGUCAGCAGGUUUCUCCAAUACUCGCCAGAUCUUCGGUGCACUGCUAUGGAAGCCUGCAUGCACCCGUUCUUUGAUGAGUUGAGAGAUCCAAACACCUGUCUACCUAACGGCCGCCCUCUACCUCCCCUCUUCAACUUCAGAUCUCAAGAGCUAAACAGUAUACCUCCAGAAGUCGUCGAGCGCCUGGUUCCGGAGCACGCGAGAAGGCAGAACCUGUUCAUGGCGCUCCGCACCUAGUUUUCGCGUGCCCUCCCCUUGUUUUUCGCGUUGUUUGGGGUCUGGUCUCUGGAGGGAAGCUGUAGCUUUGUGUGGGUGCAAGCGCUGGAGUAGUAGAGUUGCCCCAGGGUGCAUGUGAGGUUUGGAGGCUUUCAUGGUUGGUGUGUAUAGAUGAUUUGAGGCUUCUGAAAGUUUCUUGCUUUGGAGCUCGUGUGCAGUUACAGUGCUUGGAUGAGUUGAUUAUGCAAUCAAAAUCGUUCAGAAAUA